AUGUCUUCCCCGCCAUCGCUUACCACGGAAAAGCCAGCCAAUAACAGACGCAACUCAACGGAGACAGUGCACCAAAGACCUAGUAUGCUGGGCACCGUUCGUUCGCACAAGUGGCUCGCCAAGCAGAAGCCACACAUCACCAACGAAGCCGCAUGUUGCCCCUGCGUCGUAUACGCCCGCACUGCGGAGAGACUCGAACGAGUCGCCUACGAUGAAGAUCCCCUGGCUCCAUCUUCAGGGGCCUGCAGUAGUCCCUGCUGGUCUUGUUGCCUGAGCUCUGCGAUAUGUAACUGGAAGAAGCCACUCCGCGAUCAACGUGGCGAUAUUCGGGAUCGCUACGCCAUCACUGGCAGUGUGGAAGACGACGAUGUCAACGCUUGCGCACACCCGUUCUGGACUCUCAUGCUCAAUCACAACGAGGUCUUCAUACGCGAAAAGAUCUGCCAGGACCUCAAAACAUAUCCCUUUUCUCCGGGCCCUCCACCAAAGGAGAUCCGCCGCUUCAAGGCCCAGCCAAACAGCCCAUACAAGUCACCGUCGCAAAUGCAAAUGAAGAGCAAAAGCCUACCAAGAAUCUUGGAGUUGCCAGAAUCCAGUAACUCAACGGGGAAGCAUGAACCUCCUAGCAUAAUGACGAGCCCCGAGUUGGACAAGGUCGAGCCAGAGACCAGUUCUCCGUUACCACCUCUCAAAGACCACAAGCGCAACGAUACUCCUGCAAGAUCUCCCGACGUCCUGCAAAGUCCUAAUCUGGACCCUCAAGAUUCUCGCGUAACAGUGGCCGACUUUGCGGGGCCUCAUCGACUCAGCCAAGACAUCAAGAAGCCAGUUGGAACGAAGCAAUAUCCCCAUACCGUUCACAACGAUCCUCUUUUCGGAAUUGCCGAAGAGGUUCACCUCCAUACCGUCCAUGACGACCCUACGAUGGAAGUGGCACGCCGACUGGUUCCUCAUCAAAUCAUCAUAGAUCCCAGGGCACCGGUUUCAGAGGCGACGGCCCCUCACAGCGUCCAUUGCGACCUCACUGCCAAGGUUGCUGAAGACCCAAAGCAACAUUCGGUUCAUGAUGACCAGGCCAGCAAUAUUGCCAAUCCUGUUUACGAUCAUAGGCUCAGCCAAGACCAUGUGGCCCUGGUGAGCACAGGAACGAACCCUCACAGUGUUCAUGAUGACCGGAUAGAGGGCAUUCCUGGACAGCCAGCCUCGCAUUCCCUCAGCGUAGAUCCAAUCAUGGCUCAGCCAGAGCAAGCCUCUCCUCACAGCAUCCAUGAUGACUCUGAGGUCAAUGUUACCGAAGGCGAACCGAAGCAACAUACCAUGCAGACCAGCUCCGCGGCUAGGGCACCCCGGAACAAGCCGAGUGGGCACCAGCUCGGAGAUAUUGGGCGUUCUGCAACAGCCCCUGCAGAACUUGACAACAAGUCUGCAACGGGCAGCAUCGAUUCUUCCGCACAAGUAGCGGGAGUGGACAAGUAA